AUGGCCACAAUAUCGUCUCCAAACGUUGAUUCAACUUCCAAUCUUCCUGCUAAUAAAACUACAUCUGUUAAUCAUUUAAAUCGAAGUAUUGAACGUGCACUUGAUGAAGCGACGUAUACGGGUGAAUUGAACUUGAGUUCUCGAACUUUACGAGAAUUUCCUGAUUCAAAAUGUGAUCUGUCAGAUACAAUCAUUGCUGAUCUUUCUCGCAAUCGUUUUAUCGAAUUUCCACGUUUUUUAUGCUCAUUUUCUUCUCUUGAACGUCUUAAUCUCUAUCACAAUGCGAUCAAAUCAAUUCCUGAGCAGAUUGUUGCAAAUCAUAUGCUGAAAGUUCUCGAUCUAAGUCGAAAUCAACUCGCAUAUAUUCCACAAGCUCUAUGUAAAUUACCCAAUCUCGAAGUUUUAAUUAUCCAUAACAAUAAACUCGUCUCUUUGCCCGAAGAAAUCGGUCAAUUAGAUCGAUUAAUUGAAUUAGAUGUCAGUUCCAAUGAUCUUACACAAUUGCCAUAUCAGAUAGGAUUGCUCUCAAGUCUUCGCACAUUGAAUGUUCGUCGAAAUAUGAUCACUGAAUUGCCAACAGAAUUAUGUGCUUUGAAAUUAAUCAAUUUUGAUUGUUCAUUUAACCGAAUUGCUCGUUUACCAUUGAAUCUCAGAGAGAUGAAUACUUUGAUUGAUUUUAAUGUUGAACAUAAUCCAUUAGAAACUCCGCCUGCCGCAAUUUGUACUCUUGGUCUGCUUCACAUUAUGCGAUUUCUUCUCAUCGAAGCUAUGAAGGAAGAAAAACGACGCGGAUUGUUGACCGAAUACGAAAUCAAUGAAAAAUAUAAAAAUUCAUUUUCAUAUCAAACAUCAAGACAAUUUCAAUAUGGUAAAAAAGCACGUAAAACAGUGGUACCGUCUGAUUCGGGUUAUUUAACCACUGAGGGAAGUGAAAAAACAAUUGGUGACGAUGAUUCGGAAUUAAGUAUGCCUAGUGAACAUCCACUUCGCGGUGAACCAACGUUGAUGAUUACAUUAGCCGAUGAAUUUUCUAAAGAAUUAGCCAGACAAAAAGCGGAAUAUGAAAAGAAGAAAUGUCAAGCACAACAGUUAAAACGUCAUUUAUUGCAACAACUAGGUGAAACCGAAAGUCAAAGAGCCAAAGCACGUGAAGUUGCUCGCCGAUUGCAUGAUGAAAAAUUAGCAAAAAUGGAGAAACAACGCGAAGAUGCUCGACGUAAAAUGGAGAACAGUAAAAACACUCAUCUAUUCAACUUUCCAACGAAAGAUAAUCAUCAAAAUUCACGUCCAUGGAAUACGUCCACGAAAUCCACAUUAACUCGUCAUUUAUCCAGUGUUGAAUCUUCCAAGCCAAAUAAAAUUCUUACUGAAACGAUAAUCAAUUCCGUAACUGAUCAGAACAAUCACGAUAAUCCAUAUCAACGAUCAAUUUCCAUUGAAAAUGCAUCUCUUGAUGAAUAUCACAAACGAACAAAUCGAGCUGUUAGUGUCGAACCAAACUUUGUCUCCGGUGGAAAUGACAUGAAGUAUAAUUUUCAACAAAAGACAUUACCAAGCCGGUCAAUCAUCCAAUACGAUAUUAAUACCAAGAUGAAUAAACAAUUUACUGUCAGUUCAGAAACAAUUGAUCAAUCGACUUCAUCGUCGCAGAGUUUGAAAAACGGUUAUAAUCGAGGGGAUGUCUCUGAUGGUUCUUUAUCGCCUCAGCAAAAUCGAAUCGCAAAACUUCGCUACUUUGACGAUCGCGAAACAAAUCCUAUGGUUGGAACUACACCUGGAUUUCAUAUGCAUCCGAGAGUAUCAACAGUCAAAAACGGUCAACAUCAACAAUCGCCGUUAGAGAGUCCGGGAAGUAAUCCCGCGUUUACCAUUCGUCGGCAUCUUCUUCAAGCUAAGGAAGAUAAUCUGCAAAUUGAUCAAAUGAAAAGAGCCAUAGAAGAACGUGUUAAAAUGGCAUUACCAGAAGAUAUUGCCUAUGCGUUGAGCGACGGUGUAGUUCUUUGCCAUUUUAUCAAUCAAAUUCGACCGCGUGCUGUUCAAAGUAUUCACGUGCCUUCUCAAGCAGUGCCGAAGUUAUCCUUAGCGAAAUGUCGUCGUAAUGUCGAGAAUUUUGUCGAAGCAAGUCGACGUAUUGGUGUACCGGAGAUCGAACUAUGCAGUGCUCAGGAUAUAAUUGAAGAAAAGAAUACGGUACGUCUUGCUCGACACAUACAAUUAUUAAUUUCACCUGAAUCUUUUGAACAAACCAAUGUUUAA